CCUUCUCCGGCCGCACCACCCAAAUCCUCCUCCUCGUCUCCCUCCCCGCCUCCCCCGACUUCGCCAUGACCGACGCCACCACAGCCGCCGCCGGCGACCAUGUCGACGCCGCCGCGCACAAGCCUCCGGAGACGACGACCCGCCGGGGUGCCAGCGCCGUGGCGGCCACCAUCAGCCACGCGCAGCAGCAGCAGCAGUCGCGGCUGGACGACGAGCAGCUGGCCGAGCUGCGCGACAUCUUCCGCUCCUUCGACCGCGACGCCGACGGCUCCCUCACGCAGCUGGAGCUCGGCUCCCUGCUCCGCUCCCUCGGCCUCACGCCCAGCGCCGACCAGCUCGACGCGCUCAUCACCCACGCCGACACAAACUCCAACGGCCUCGUCGAGUUCUCCGAGUUCGUCGCGCCCGACCUCCUCGCCGACCGCUCCCCCUACUCCGAGGACCAGCUCCGCAGGCUCUUCAGCAUCUUCGACCGCGACGGCAACGGAUUCAUCACCGCCGCCGAGCUCGCACACUCCAUGGCCAGGCUCGGCCACGCGCUCACCGUCAAGGAGCUCACCGGCAUGAUCAAGGAGGCCGACACCGACGGCGACGGACGCAUCAACUUCCAGGAGUUCUCGCGCGCCAUCACCGCCGCGGCGUUCGACAACAUCUUCUCCUGAUUACAUGCCUACCGGAAUUUGACCAAUGCACGCGCGCAUCCAUCGUUACUUGGUUUCGAUCUUGAGUUGGUUUUCUUUUCUCUUUUUGGGAGAUCAAUCAGUAAGAUUAAGUAAUUUAGGAAGCUGCAGGUGAGGUGAUGUGCUCGAUCCUGUGAAUAACAAAAAAGAAGGAGUCAAUUUAGGACAAAAUUACAUGGUUAAA